AAGAACGUGAUGCAAUUAAUAUAGAUUUAAUUCAUGCUUUAACUCAAGCUAAUAUUCCACUUGAGAAAGUCGAUAAGCUUAAACCGUUCUUCUUGAAGUACUGUAAAAACGGUGGUUCUAUCGUUGAAUCUACUCAAUUGCGUAGCAGAUACUUGCCUAUUACGUUUAAUUCAGAAAUUGAGAAGUUAAAACAACUUUUAGUUAGAAAACGAAUUUCUAUUACUAUUGACAAAUCGCCGGACGUUUGUGGAAGGGCUGCCGUAAAUGUUUUAUUUAGUUUUUACAAUACAACUAAAUUAGUUAAAACAGAGCAUUUAGAAGUUGUUAAUAGUACUACUAUCACAUAA